AAAAGUUUCUGUGUUAAUAAUUAAACUAAUUAUUAAUUUAACAAAUCAAUAAUUAACACAGAAACGUCUGAAAAGUAGGCGGGAUUGGGAUUUCCAGUCAAAAAAGGGUGGGAUGGCAGGAUUAACAGGAAAAAACGGGCAGGAAAGCAGGAUCUGAGAACCCUAUUGUGGACCCUCUGUAAACAAAAGCAAAGCUGUGGCUUACUAGGAUCCUUUAAACUUGUACAUCAUCAAGAAGAGGUGUAGGUAUAAAAUGAAAUGGUUGAACCUUAUUGUCUUGAUCAUUGAAUGCUUACUCUGUGUUACCCCAAAAUAUAUUUUCAGAGAAUUUCAAGAUGACUUUUUGAAGCUUCUGAAGAGACAAUUUGGAACUCGCAGAGUUAAAGCAAAUCAAGUUUACCAGGAUUACAUCAGUGACAGACACCAUACACACAUGAAUGCUACCCAGUGGGAAACUCUGACUCAAUUUGUUAAAUGGCUUGGAAGAGAAGGACACUGCAAAGUUGAUGAAACUGAAAAGGGAUGGUUUAUAGCAUAUAUAGACAGGGAUCCUGAAACCAUUGAGAGACAAAAGGUAAAAAGAGGAAAAACAACAUUAAAUUAAAUGCUUACAGGUUCCUCAUGGUAAUAGUGCACUUUCCUCUGGAUCAAGUGGUCCAUGUUCCAUCCUUGGCCGGAGACAUUGUGAGUUUUGAGUUAACCGAAACAACUGAAUAAAAAGAAUGAUGCAUAUGUACAGGGUUAGUCUUGAUCUGAAGUCAACUAUUAGCAAACACCAGUGAGAGCAUGAACUAUUGACAACUCUGUGUAUUGUUUCAUCUUGCACUUCAUCACUUUUGUGCUGGUAUUUUGUGGAUGAUUUUUUUCAGAAGUUGAGUCUACAAUGAAACGCUGUACAGAUGAGUCUAAGUUACUCUUUUUGUUCAGCAGUCUCACUUAACUCGAAAGUGGAUAAUUAAAUGGCUUUCUCAUAACCUGUAGAAAAGGAAAAGUCUGUCUGUGAGCCAAGUGACCCAUGAGGGUAUGCUUAUCUCCGGUUUCAGUAGCAUGAAGCAACUAAGAGUAU